GCCUGUGCCCCUGUGGUCAAAGGACGUGUGAUACUGUGAAAAAUACAAAUACACAAUACGACAAAAUAGUAAAUACGUAACAAAAUAGUUAAUUAUUUUAGUUUAUUUUCUUUUAGGUAUAAUUUAUGUACUAGUCAUUUCGAAUUUCUACGAUUUUAAAUCUCACCUGCCAGACGUCCGAGUUCACCAUGUACGGUCAUGGGAAUUAAUAGUGUGUUCGAUGAAAUUCUAAGGUUCGCGUUUUACCUGGGGUUUGUGCUAAAAAAAUCGGUCAUGAACGAAGAACAAGAAAACCUUGACUUUUCCGAAGUCAGAAAGUCUUGCAGGACGUUUAUUGAUUAUACUCGUCCAAAUAUGGAUCGUAAGGAAGCCGGGAGGAUCAAAAAUCAGAAUCCUUCGAUGGAAAACUUCUUGUUCCAGUUUUCUUCGGAUGUGGUGGACUUUAGCUCUCAAUAUGGCAGUGACAUUAGCAUAUCUUACACAGCCAGUAAUGUCACUGGCAGGCCAAGCAAGUUUCCAAGCUAUGGAGACUUUCCCCAGUCUUAUGUUAUGAGGAGUUAUGGACCAUGGAGAGAUCUUGCACCAUCUAGAAAAUGUCCAAUCAUGCCACAAAAUGCAGGAAAAAUAAUUAGUGAAGAUUAUAUAAUAUUAUCAUUUGAUAAACCAGUUGUGCCUAUGGUCAUCUCCAUAUUUGAAACAUUCACUCCAGGCUCUGUAGUGCGGAUAUCRGGCAAAGUUAUUGACCUUCCUGAUACGAUUGCAUGGCGAUUACUUUGGGAAGGGCUGCCCCAGAACUGUAAUGGAACAAGACAUUCUCGUUUAUUUUCUCCAAAAUUAAAAUACAUAAAGGAAAUGGUCAAAGAAAUAUGCAUAGAAUUUAAUCAUUCCCAAUUGGAUUAUUAUACCGAGUUAGAUGCUGUAUCUAUGGGUGGUAUUUUAAAGUAUCCAGACAGCGGUGAGCCAGACAUUGUAUCAGUACCUCUGAUUAUUCAUACAGUCUCAGGAUACGUUUAUGAUAAUAAUGAUAAAAGAGGCCAGGAGUUAUUCUCAGAAAUUAAAAUGCCAACAAUGGUUUCGGAAAUAUCUACUUCUACAAGUUAUGAUCCAUUUCUCACAAUGAUGAAGCAUAAUAAUCCUCUCCCAAAGUGUCAUGACCAUGAGGUACCUGUACAUGAGGUACCUGCACAUGAAGUACCUGUACAUAAAGUACCUGUAUGUGAAGUACCUGCCAUUGAUUACACAUUGAAAUUGCCGAACGAAUCGUUGAUGCAAAUAUUUUCAUACUUGGAUUUAAAAUCAUUGCGACUUUGUAUGAGGGUGUGCAAGCGCUUCUAUAACAUUUGUACAGAUGGAUAUUUUUACAGAGAAUUAAAUUUAAAACCUUAUUGGUGCUCAUUUUCCUAUUCAAUGCUCAUUUCAUUAGAGCCAUAUUGUAACCGAAUGACAAAGUUGGAUUUAUCCUGGUGUGGUAUUACAAAAGGAAUAUUGAGCACAUCAUUCAACUUAUUUAUAGAGAAAUGUGGUACUAAUUUAACUAACAUACGACUAGACUGUUGUGGAUUUGUCAAUGAUUCCACAUUAAUUGCAAUCAACUUAUUUUGUAAAUAUCUGAAAGAAUUGAGUUUAAGAAGUUGCACUUCAAUUGAUUUUGAGUUGAUAUGUCCACCACAGAGUUUCCCAAAAAUGGAACGUAUAGAUUUUUAUAGAACAAACAUCACUACAGACUGUUUAAUUUUUUAUAUAACUUGUAUGCCUAAUUUGAAGCAUAUCAAUCUUGGUUCUUGUAAAAAAAUCGAUUGUAUGGACCGUGUUGCGUAUAAUUUGUCAAUAUCCAACAAGCAACUUGUGUCUGUAGAUUUUUGGAAAAGUUAUUCACUGUCUCCUACUGGACUACGUCAUUUAACUGUUCUCAAACAUCUUGAAGAAAUUGAUCUCGGAUGGUGUUUAGCUUUGAGUAUUCCUGGCAAUAGUCUCGURGACUUAGUCAAAUCUUGUCCAAGAUUAAAAAAAAUCAUUCUUGUAUCAUUACGUGGUGUGUGCGAUCAUGAUCUACUAGCGUUUGCUAACUACUGCCCACUGCUGGAGCAAAUUGAUUUGGUUGGCCUCAGAGCAAUUACGGUUGAUGCUUGCUCCAAGUUCCUACAGAAAUGUAAAAACCUAAAAUUAAUAGAUGUUAAUUUUUGUGAAAACAUCAAAGAAGAGAAUGUAAAAGAUUGGCGAUUAAAAUAUCCUAAUGUAUGCAUCCAAUUUACUAAUUCUGAUCAUUCAAAUGUAUAUCAUUACUAGAUCAUCACAGUAAGUUAUAUUUUGUUAUUUUGUUUUUUAAGCCUUUUAAUUAAUUGUAUGUGUAUGCUAACAAAUGCUGUAAGUUCCUCAAAAUAAUGUUUUGUGGAGUACUUAACAAUACUUAUAAACAUUUAAUAACUUAUGUUAUGAAAUAUGAUAAUCUAAAAUGUG